AUGAAUGAACAUAUCAAAAGUUUUAAAAAUGAUAAUGUUCAUUAUACCAAGAAAAAUGUUAUAAGAAAUUAUGAUGAUCAUAAUAAUAUUAAAGCAAACUCACAUUUAAAAUUGCAGUCAAAAGAAUAUACUACACAUAAUGAUAAAAAACAAAGAUGGAUCACUUCAAAUAAUACAAAUAAUAAUAUACAAACUCAUGUAAAUGUAAAAUGUGAUGAUAAAUCAGUAGAAAAUAAAACAACAACCCUGAUAAAUAAAGAUAUUAAUGAAUUCUCAAAUAUUUCAAAACAGGAUAAAAAUUACACAAAAUAUAAUUGCGUGAAUUUCAAUAAAAGUGAUGUAAUGAGGGAUUAUGUGAGAUAUAGUAAAAAGGAAGAUUCUUCAAGUAAUAAUAUAAACGGUAAUAAUAACAUGAACGGUAAUAAUAACAUGAACGGUAAUAAUAAUAUGAACGGUAAUAAUAAUAUGAACGGUAAUAAUAAUAUGAACGGUAAUAAUAACAUGAACAGUAAUAAUAAUAUGAACGGCAAUAAUAGUAUGAACGGUAAUAAUAACAUGAACGGUAAUAAUAACAUGAACGGUAAUAAUAACAUGAACGGUAAUAAUAAUAUGAACGGCAAUAAUAAUAUGAACGGCAAUAAUAAUAUGAACGGCAAUAAUAAUAUAAACAGAAAUAAUAUUACGAACAAUCAUAUAAUUCACCAUAUUUCGAAUAAAACUACCUUGAUUGAGAACAACAAGAAAAAAGAAGAAAACAUAUUUUCCUCAGCUGAUUUAUAUAAAAAAGAAAUAAAUGUAAAAGGAUCUAGUGACCCUUUUGAUUUAUUAUAUAAGAGGAAGAUAGACAAGGAUGAUAAUUUAAGUAAAAAAAAAAAAAAGAGGUCCACUUAUUUAUUUAAUAAAGAUGGUGAACAUUUUGUGGAUAAAGAAAAUGUUCAAAAUAAUAGAAUUGAUGAUGAUGAUGAUGAUGAUGACAAUCACCAUGAUAAUGUUGUUGUUGCAUAUGAGAAGGUAAAAGAGAAUGAAAUGAAAGAAAAUAAAAAUAAGAAAAGUGCAAAGGAAGAUGGAUCAUGCAAUGUUCUGGAUGAACUAAGAAAUAAGGAUAAUUUAGAAGUAAAUGAUAAUAUAAUUAGUAAAUCAUUUGAAAAAAAUCAUAUUUUGUAUAUUAAAACGGCAGACAAUUUAAAUGAAAAUUAUAAUGAGAGAAAAAUAUACAAAGAAAUAAAUAAGGAAGAAUAUAGUAAUAAAGAUGAAUAUGUUCAUUUUGAAAAUAAUGAUGAUAGUUCAAUAAAAAAAAAAAACAAUUCAUCAGAAUGUUUAGAUGAACAGAAAAAAACGUAUAAGUAUUCUAUAAUAGAACAAAAAAAAUAUAAUUUUAAUGAUAGGGAUAAUAAUGCAUAUAUUAAAGAUGAUACACGUAAGAAGGAAAAAGUAUGUUAUCUUAAUAUGAUUGUACAAAGUGAGGAAUAUAAGAAAUAUGGAAGUAAUAAUAAAAUGGAUGAGAUGCAAAUUUAUAAUCAACAUACAAAUAAUAUCAAUAUAAAUGAAAGGUGUAAUAUAUCUAUAAAUGAAAAUUUAAACAACAAUAUAUAUUUUGAUGAUUAUGAAGGAUAUGACCAAAGAAAAAAAAAAAAUAAAUUAGAUGACCAUACAUAUACUCAGAGGAAGGAAUAUAAAAAUAAUAUAAAUGAUAUAUUAAAAGAUCAUCAUCUAAAUAAUAAUGAAACGAAAGGAAAAAAUAAUAAAAUAGAAGAAGAGGAAAAAAAAAAUAAAAUCGAAGAAGAAGAAGAAGAAAAUAAAAUAGAAAAAGAAGAAAAAAAAAAUAAAAUCAAAGAAGAAGAAAAAAAAAAUAAAAUCAAAGAAGAAGAAGAAAAAAAUAAAAUAGAAAAAGAAGAAAAAAAAAAUAAAAUCAAAGAAGAAGAAAAAAAAAAUAAAAUCAAAGAAGAAGAAAAAAAAAAUACAUAUGCAAAUGAUAAAUUCGUAUCACAUAUUGAUAAUGUUAAUUGUAAUAUUAAGAUAGAUGCAUUAUUAGAUAAUAUAGAAAAGAAGAAAAAAACAGGAUACAAAGAAAUAAAUCUUUAUAAAGAAAUUAAAAAUGAAUAUCGAAAAAUGUUAAAUGAUGAAAAUUCAAUUAUGUUAGAACAUGAAAAGAAAUAUAAUACACAUCAAGUGAAUAACAAUUUGUGUGAUACUAAGGAUAUGUUACAGAAAGAAAAUAAAAUAUUAACGAAUAAUGAUAAAAAGAAAACAUUUUUAUUACAUAAAUAUAAAAAUAUUACAUCGAAUGUUUUAUCAUCUAAAAUGCCAGGUACUUUGUUAACUAAAAAACUGAAUGCAACUAUAAAAACAAUAAAAAAGGAUGUUACAAAUAUUGAAAAAAAAAAAUAUGUGCAUGAUCAUAGAAAAGACAAUAUCAUAAAGAGGAAUAAGGAAUUUAUUAAUAUUUAUAAGGGAAAGAGAAAUUAUUCAAACGUGGAAAUUGUCUCUGAAGUAUGUAAUAAUAAGAUAAAUGUUAAAGGUGAUGAUAACAAUAUGAUGGUUGAAAAUAAGCUGUGUGAUGAUAACAAUAUGAUUACUGAGAAUAACCCGUGUGAUGAUAACAAUAUGAUUACUGAGAAUAACCCGUGUGACCACAAUAAUGUGAUAGUUAAGAAUAUAGAACGUUCUGAGAGGUCCUUUAUGUUUACUCAUCAUAGGAAAAAUAUAACAAGUGCUAGUACCGAUACUUGUGCAAAAAAUAAAAAACAAAUUAAAUCUCCACAUUUAUAUUCCAACAAGAAUGAAGAUAAGGAUAAAAAAAGUAUAUUUUUGAAAAAUAUUAACGAGAACAUAAAAAAAAAUUAUAAGGACAAAGAAAAAAUGAGCACAUUAGAAAAAAAGGUAUUUAUAAAAAAAAAUAAUGUUAUAAUAAAUAAUGAUGAUGAAAAGCAAACAAGUAGUAAAAUAAAUGAUGAUUUCAAUAUUACAAUAGAUAAAAAAAAAGGAAAAUUAAAUAAUAAUCCUGUUGAUUUAAAUAGAAAAAUAAAAAAUGAAACCAAAAUAUUGGAAAAGGACAAACGUUAUAUGAGCAAAAUACAAAAUAAUUUAAUGAAACAAAAAACGAACUUUCCAACUAAUAAUAAAGGCAUAAGUAGUACUUCCUUUAGUAGUAGUUCUACGAAAAAUUUCAAAGAUUGUGGAAUUAUAGAAAAAAAUAAAAAUCUUGGAAAUUUAAAAUAUACUUCUAUAAGGAAUAAAAUUAAUGUUGAUAGUAUAAAAUUAAAUGAUAAGGCUGAUUUAUAUAAAGACAAAAAGAAGACAAGUUUUAAUGAUAUAAAUAGGGCUGUAAAAGGAAUGAAUUUUAAAAAAAGAGAUGUUCCGAAUAAAAAUAAUAUAGUGGAUACGAAUAAGGGAAAACGGGUUUUUAAUCCCCUCACGUUAAACAAUAAUUAUCGUAAUAAUUAUAUACGUUCUAAUAAGAAUAAUGUGAAGAAUGGAAAAAUGGUGGGUAUAAAAAAAAUUGUUCCUGUUAAGGAAAAACAAAAAAGUUUUCAUCCAGAAGGAGUGGCAGCAGACAAAAAAUUGAAUUCAAAUUAUAAUGGAAAAUAUUUAAUUGAGAAGGAUGGGUUCAAAGAUAUUAUUAAUGAGGAAAUGGAAAAAUAUAAGAAUAAUAAAAUGAAGUAUAAAAUUAAAAGUAAUUCAAUACCACCAAUAAUUAAAAAAAUAGAAAGGAAAAGCAAUGAUAAUGAUAGUAAUAAUAAUAAUAAUAAUAAUAAUAAUAAUAAUAUUAACAGUAAUAAUAAAAUCAAUAUUAAUAACAAUAAUAGUAGUAAUGAUAAAUGCUUAUUUUUAAGAAAGGAAAAAGAUAGAGUUCAUUUAAAAAAUAAUAAUAUAGUUGCUAAUAACACCAUGAUGUUUAGAAAGCAAAGUAAUAGUUGUGAUAAUAAUACUACAUCGUUGAAAAAUAAAAUGAUAAUAAAUAGUAAUUCGGAAAAGGCUAAUUCUAGUAAUUCACAAAAUAAUGAAAAAAAAGAAAUGUCGUAUUUUGAAUGGCUAGCUAACGAAAAAAAAAAGAAGGAGAUAAUAGAAAAAAAAGAUGAAGAAAAGAAAAGAAAAGGAGAAAUAGAAAAAAGUGAACAUGCAAAUGAUUCUAAAAAGAUGGAUGAACAAUUGGAUGAUGUGAAACCUACCAUGCUACAACCUUUAUCAUCUUUCAACUUAAGACAAAACGAAAGAAAAUAUGAACAGAGCGAUUUUAUUGUAGAUAAAUAUCCAAUAGGUAAUGGUAGAACAGGAUUAGUAUUUAAAGCAAUAAUAAAAAAGGAAGAGAACAAAAAUGUCGCUCUGAAGGUAAUGGCAAAAGACACAAUUAUGUCACUAAAUAUUGAACGACAAGUAUUGAAGGAAAUUAUUAUACAAGCUAGCUUAAAACAUAUAAAUAUAUUAGAACUUAUAGCAUAUUUUGAAGAUAAAACAAGACUUUUUUUAAUUCUAGAAUUAGCUAAUGGAGGAUCAGUACGAAAUAAAAUGAAACAAAAAAAACAACCUUUAAAUGAAGAAGAAGUUGCAUUAUAUGUUUUUCAAAUAGCUGAUGCAUUAUCUUAUCUGCAUAAUUUUAAUAUAAUUCAUAGAGAUCUGAAACCUGACAAUAUUUUAAUUCAUUAUUCUAAUGAACAUUUAAAUAAUAAAAUUUAUAAAUAUGGAGUAAUCAAGCUAGCCGACUUUGGAUUUUCUUGUCAGCUCAAAAAUAAAAGACAAAAAAGGAGUACAUUCUGUGGCACAAUCGAUUAUAUGCCCCCUGAAAUUAUUAACCAAAUACCUUAUGAUUGUAAUGUGGAUCUGUGGUGUUUGGGUAUAGUUAUAUUUGAGUUGUUAGUUGGAUUUCCUCCAUUUACCGACGAUACACAGGAGAGGAUUUUUGAUCAAAUAAAGGAAUUAAAUUUUCAUUUUCCUAAGUCGGUAUCAUUGUUAGCUCAGGAGUUAAUAUUAAAACUAUGCAGUAGAACUGCUGAAGAAAGAAUUUCGGCAGAUGAAGUAAAAUCUCACCCGUGGAUAAAACAAUUCAUAUAA